UUGCUAUCACUUCAAAAGGGAAAUUUGAUCCAUCUAGAAGUCAGACAAGAAGCACUGAAACCUCACAGAAAGACUGGUAAUUUGCAAAGUCUAGAACCAUGAGCACUGCAGGGAAAGUCAUCAAAUGUAAAGCCGCCAUAGUCUUUGAAGCUAAGGGACCUUUUAAGAUUGUGGAAAUAGAAGUGGCCCCUCCAAAGGCACAUGAAGUUCGCAUUGAGAUCUUGGCUUCUGGAAUCUGCCGCACAGAUGACCACGCACAGGGUGGUGAAAUAGAAGUGAGCUACCCAGUUAUUGCUGGUCAUGAAGCAAUUGGUAUUGUGGAGAGCAUUGGGGAAGGAGUUACCUGUGUGAAGCCAGGAGACAAAGUCAUCCCACUCUGCCUCCCACAAUGUGGGAGAUGUCCGCCUUGCAAGAAUCCAGAGGGCAAUAUGUGUGAAAAGUCUGACUUUCUUCCAGCUAAGGGGCUAAUGUAUGAUGGCACCAGCAGAUUCUCUUACAAAGGGAAGACAAUUCAUAAUUUUGUUAAUACCAGCACCUUUACUGAAUACACCGUAGUGCAUGAGGAUGCGGUGGUCAAAGUUGAUCCUGCAGCUCCCAUUGAGAAAGCUGUUCUGAUAGGCUGCGGAUUUUCCACUGGCUAUGGCGCUGCCACCAAAACUGCAAAGGUGAGACCUGGUUCUACUUGUGCUGUUUUUGGUCUGGGAGGAGUUGGCCUCUCAGUAGUCAUAGGCUGUAAAACAUCUGGAGCAUCCCGGAUCAUUGGGAUUGACAUCAACAAGGCUAAAUUUCCCAUAGCUAAAGAGCUGGGUGCCACUGAAUGUAUCAGCCCUCUGGAUUUCAAGAAGCCCAUCAAUGAAGUGCUGCAUGACAUGACUGAUGGAAAAGGCAUGGACUAUUCCUUUGAAGUGAUUGGACAUACUGACACCAUGGCUGCUGCAUUGGCUUCCUGCAACAAGAACUACGGUGUCAGUGUGAUGGUGGGAGUACCACCCUCAGCAGCGGACAUGACUAUAUCACCAACACUUAUUUUUACAGGGCGCACUUGGAAAGGAUCUCUGUUUGGAGGUCUGAAAACCAAAGAUGAUAUUCCUAACCUGGUUUUGGGAGUCAUUGAGAAAAAGUUCAAUCUAGAUCCACUAGUCACCCAUGUUCUGCCUUUUGAGAAAAUCAAUGAAGGCUUUGAACUCCUCCAUAAAGGACAAAGUAUUCGCACUGUUCUGAAAAUGUAAAGAUCCUGGAAGGGAAAAUACAAGGCACCUGGAUUCCAGCAGAAUGACCAAUUACAAAUUACAUCAUGGAACAUCUGUGGAAAGAGUUGCAUAUUAUUGUAUUCCAAGCAGCAAUAUUGCUUUAGCAACUUAUAAUUCAAUCCUAGCUUUCUCAGGGUAAAAUACAAGAUAACCCUGACUUCUUACUCAUAUUCUCAAUGCCUUGGAGACUAUGUUUAAUUAAGCCAUAGUAAACCAAUCAUUGUCAUCAUGGGGUGGUGGGGUAUUAGUACGCAGACAUAUAUUUGUAUGGGAAUGAGUCUCAUUGAAUUAACAUCUGAGAGCAAAUGCACUGCUAAUCACUAUCUUGCAAUUAUCCAAGAGAACUAUAUUUAGUGGAAAUAUAAUUACUAAAAUAAUUUUAUAAUUCUCAGUGCAGACUCUGCCUGAAAUACUGUAAUUUUGGAGAAUAUUUUGUUUAUUUUACAUGAAAUGCUGGCAUUGGCUAAUAAAUAUUUUUUUCUCAGUAA